AUGAUUUUAGAAAAUCAUGUUAAUUUCAGAAGAAUUGUGAGAUAUAUGCAAAAAUAAUGAGAAUUAAUUAAAAGUUAAGUGAGAUAAAGUAUAAAAAUAAUUAAAAAUAAAAUAAAACUAACAAGUUCUAUACUCGAAUUAGAACUUUCCUAUAGAACUUCUGGUUGGAUAUUUUACAUUUCAAUGUUACUAAUGUUUUCUUCCUCCAGUUACAUAACACUAUCAAAGCAGAACAACAUGAAACGAGACAUGAAAAGCUAAUUUUUAUAUACCGCCGAUUAAUCGAGAUUACACAAACAUCCAUAAAAGAGUUGUGUGGUCGUGACUCGGGUCGACUUGUUUAUCGCGAUCAGAAGCUGAAAAGUCAAGUUAUUCACGAACAGCCAAGCCAGAGUGGGGAGAGUGGCGCCCAGUUGGACACUAGUAUUCCUUUUAUGAAUCACAGUGCACGUCUACGUUUUCACGAAGAGGAACAUAGAACAAAUAACAGCUUUUUCAUUUCAGUUGUUUUGCUCUGUAAAAUUCUGACCUGCAAGGAAAGCUCGUGGCUAGAGUCAUAG